GCUCCUCCUUUGAAACUUAAUCAUCUUCAAUGGCUAUAUAUCUUAAUUUUCCACUGUCUCUGAUACACUCAAAAUCUUCCUUCAGCUUCUUGAACAUUUCAAGCACGCUCCUUCUCCAUCUUCUUCCUCGUAAGAAACCAUUUCUAAAUCAGUAUCAGAAACCUCACUGAUGGCAAACCCAAACCCUCUUCAACUUUCUGCUCUCAAUCAAAUAAAACUGCAUCUUCUCGGAGAACUCUCUCCUCUUCCGAUCACACCCUCUUCUGAUCUCACCAAAAAUAACUUCUCUUUUCUAUUUGAGGAACCAAAUCCCACCUCAUCUCAAUCAAGCCUCUGUUCCCAAUCUUCAACUUCUCAAUCAUCUGCAACAAUGGACCAAUUUUUCUCUGACUUUUUCGACUUCCCAACUACUUCCACGGAACACCAGUUCUCUCGUUUCGAAAUCGAGUCCAAACCCCAAAUAAUCGAUCACCAGACUCCGAAUCCACACCCUCAAACAUCAACCUCGGAUUUCACGUUUCCGAACACACAUGACCGCAAGAAACCUCAAUCAAAUCGAAAAAAGUCGCUGCAAAUCUCUCUCCCGCAAAAGACGGAGUGGAUCCAGUUCGGAGAGGGUGAGGUUGCGGGAAAGGUGGUGCAGCAGGCUGCGGAAGAGAAAAGGCACUACAGAGGAGUUCGACAGAGACCGUGGGGGAAGUUCGCGGCGGAGAUCCGCGACCCCAACAAGCGUGGCUCCAGGGUGUGGCUGGGGACGUUCGAAACGGCUCUGGAAGCCGCCAAAGCCUACGACCGAGCCGCGUUCAGGUUUCGCGGCUCCAAAGCCAUCCUCAACUUUCCCCUCGAAGCCGGCGCCGAUAACCGAAAACGCCAAAGGGAAGAGGAAGAGCCGGUGGUGGAAGUCGUUAAGAGGGAAAAGGUAGAAGAUUUCGACGUCACCUGUAUUAGGGAUGCUCCCUUAACGCCGUCUAGCUGGCCAGGCUUCUGGGGUUCCGAUGCUAACGGAAUCUUCGCCGUGCCGCCUCUGUCGCCGCUAUCUCCUCAUCCGGCGUUGGGUUAUCCACAGCUUAUGGUUGUGUGAAAUUGAAAUCACCUUUUUUUAUUCGUUUUUCCUUCUCGAAAAUCGAGAUCAUUUGUUUAUUCGUUUGUUUAAAUUGAAUCAUUGUUUGUGCCUCUUCAUUCUUA